AUCGCCAAGGUAACCAAUACAAAAUGAUAAAGCUAUGUGAUCUGCAUGACAACACUCACACCAAUAUUCCUUGAUACGAAUUACUCAGUCAACUAACUUAGCUGGUGAAAAUCGAAGAGCACACAUUCAAUUUACGAAACCUUAACAAGAAAUACAUUUCAGAAAUAUCGCAUUGAUUGGAAAUGUCGAACGAAGUGAGGAAUUUGGAUCUCGACAACAAGUUGGGUGAAGGACGUUAUGGAAUCGUAUGUAAAGGUAUAUGGUGUGAAAAAUCGGUGGCCGUCAAGCGAAUUCAAUUAAUUCAUAUCGCAAGCAACACACAAGGAGAAGAAGCGUUGCAGGGACUUGAUCACUCGAAUGUCAUCAAAUUGUUUCACGCCGAGAGUGACGCAAAUUUCAGAUAUUAUUAUCUUGAAUUGUGCAACGCUUCUUUGGAAAAAUUAUUUUUGAAAGACGGGCACAAGAAUAAAUACCGUGGGCCGAUGCCCCCAUCGCUAACGGUCCUUUAUCAAUUAGCUGUCGGACUGGAGUAUAUUCACAAAAUGGGACUGUUGCAUCGCGACCUCAAACCUGAAAACGUCCUCAUCUGGGAAGAUCCCAAAAAGGGAGACGUUUUAUUGAAAUGGGCUGAUUUUGGACUGUGUAAACCGGUGAAUGAGCGAGGGUCUUACUCUAUGAGCGGAGUCAGAGGUACCUUUGACUGGCUAGCACCUGAAAUUCUGAACUUAUUUAAUGACGAAGAAAACAGCCAGUCUGAAAGUGAAACAACAUCAACAACAGUUAAACGAGGAACUAUCCAAAGUGAUGUGUUUUCAGAAGGCCUCGUCUUCGGCUACUUUCUGUUAGAUGGCCGUCACCCUUUCGGUUUACGUCAUCAAAUUCAAACUCACAUACUUGAAAAUAAACCAGUUAAUCUGGAUAAAAUACAAUCGAAAUGUGCACGUGAACUGAUCCUGAGAAUGCUAAAGGAAAAUAUCGCGGAUAGAAUAACAUCAUCAGAAGUUGCAGAACUCCUCAAACAAGUUAAAAGUCAACUUGAAACCCAGUUAUUCGCCCUUUGUUCGCGUGAUACCUAUCCAAGUUUGGAAGAAGUAACACAUUUUCUACAGGAAGGUAUGGAUAUCAAUUGCACAAAUAAAGAAGGAAUGUCACCCCUUCUUUAUCUGGCGAAGGAAAAAAACAAUGAACACAAUAAUUUAGUGGAAAUACUUCAACUUUUGAUUCAACAUGGAAUCAAAAUGAAUUCCACGACCACCGGUGGAUGGAAUGUUCUUCUUUUCUUGUGUCGACAUUACCAAAAAGAAAAUGUAAUAGAAAUAAUUAGAAUUUUGAUUCAACACGGAAUUGAAAUGAAUUGCAAGACCAGUGGAGGAUGGAAUUCUCUUCAUUUCCUAUGUCUUUUUUAUGAAAAAGAAAAUUUGAUCGAAAUAAUCCAAUUUUUAAUUCAACACGGAGUCGAAGUCAAUUGCAAGACCAACAACGGAUCAAAUGCCCUAACUUUACUAUGCGAAUUUUAUCAAAAAGAAAAUUUGAUCGAAAUAAUUCGACUUUUGAUUCAACACGAAAUAGAAAUCGAUUGUAGAACCAGCUGCGGAUGGAACCCCCUAACGUUACUAUGCGAAUUUUAUCAAAAAGAAAAUUUGAUUGAAUUAAUUCAACUUUUAAUUCAACAAGGAAUAGAUGUCAAUUGGAAGACCAGCGGCGGAUGGAAUGCUCUCCUUUUAUUGUGUCGAUAUUCCCAAACAAAAAAUUUGAUUGAAAUAAUUCAACUUUUGAUUCAACACGGAAUCGACGUCAAUUGCAAGAAUGACAACGGAUGGAACGCUCUCACUUUAUUGUGUCAGAAUUAUAGCGAAGAAAAUUUAAUGGAAAUAAUUCAACUAUUAAUUGAAAACGGAAUCGAAGUCAAUUCCACGACUAAGAGCGGAUCGAAUGCUCUUACUUUAUUAUGCGAAUUUUAUGAAAAAGAAAAUUUGAUUGAAUUAAUUCGACUCUUGAUUCGACACGGAAUAGAAGUCAAUUGCAGUACCAGUGGUGGAUGGAAUGCCAUCACUUUAUUAAGCAAAUUUUAUCAAAAGGCAAAUUUAAUUGAAAUUAUUCGACUGAUGAUGCAAAGUGGGUGCAAUGUGGAUCCAGAAACACAGUCGGUGUUCUAAUUUAUCUAAAGGAAAAACGAUAGUCGACCAAAACAAAUAAAGAGCUUUUCAACAUC